AUGGGUAACCAAUACGUGAAACCGGAAAGAACUGGCAAUUCGCCGUACACCCGUUCGGGUGUUCCACCACCAGCUUUGGUGAAAACCGGAGAUAAACCAUUGCACAGGUAAAAUUUCGAUUUUUGAACAGAAAAUUAGGUUUUUGUUGCAGAGUCAAUGAUCGUAUGUCGCUGGAAAUGCAUAUGGCUGAUGAACGAGUUCGUGCUGCCGGUUUGUCGGCUGCUGAAAGAGAAUGGCGUAAGAAAUGGGUUCAUGUGAGUUGUUUAUUGAUUUUUUGAGUGGGAAUGGUGAAUUUAUAGUAGAAAUAUGUGGGAAAUUCAUGAUUUUCGGUGGAAAAAUAUGGAGGAAUUCGGGAUAAUGAUUUUUCUCAUGAAAAAUCAAGAUUUAUCGAGAAAAAUCCAGUUUUCAAUGAAAAAUCUAUUUUUUAUGGGAAAAUUUGCGGAGUUUCAGAUAAUUUUAUGAUUUACUAUCAAAAAAUUAUGAAGAGUACAUUAUUUUUCACUCAGAGAUAAUAUUCUUGUUGUAAAAUUCAAGAUUUUGCUGGAAAACCAUUAUUUAUAGCCAAAACAGAGGUUUCUAGCUCGAAAUUAUCCAUUUUUCCCAAAUUUCACCUUAAAAUUCCUGUUUUUCACGCCAAAAUCAUUACAGGAUCAACAUUUACACGCCGAUGAGCCAGUCGUCGUCGACGCCGUUCAUCGUCAAUUGAAUCCGAUUCGAACCGCCUAUCGCUUGCCAUGGGACAAAUUCUAUCUUCAUUAUUUGAAGGUAUCGUGAUUUUUGGGUGCCGAAAUAGGGUUUUAAUCAAAAUUUGAGAUAGAAAUGUGUUUUUCUAGUGAAAAUUGAGAAAUAAGGGGUUGGGCUCAAUUUUUCGUAAAAAUUCGUGAAAAAUUGCCACGUCAUAAAGUUCACGUAAACUUUUAAAACGGAAUAUUCAAAUUUUGUUUUCUAAGUCAUUUUUAGCUUAAAAAUCCCUCAAAAACCUCUGUUUUCUCAGCCAACAUUGGGCGUCUACUACGGUACAGCAGUUCGUGUAACAGUUCCGAAAUUGCUCAUCGCCUUCGUCACAAUUCAAACUGCCUACUAUUAUUGGAAAUAUGAGGUGAAAGAUUGGCAACAUUUGAGAGGUUUAGAAUCGAUGCCACAAAAGGAGGUGAUUGUCAACAAACAGACAAUUGACGAGAAAUAUCCGGGAUUGUUGGAUAAGGGAUUGGCUAAUCCAGAAAAGGAUAAUUAUUAUACGUGAGUUGUUGUUUUGCGGGCUGAAAUUUGAUGAAAAAUGAUGUAUUUUGAAGAAAACUACUAUGAUCCACGUUUACCCGAUGACAAAUGAGCUAGAAACAGAGACUUUCAAUUUCUAGAUGAUUUUUUCAAAAAAAAAAAAACUACGAUGCUCCAUGUUUACGCGAUGAAAAAUGAGCUAGAAACCGAGAUUUCGAAUUUCUAGAUGAUUUUCCAAAGAAAACUACGAUGCUCCGCGUUUACGCGAUGUAAAAAUGAGGUAGAAACCGAGAUUUUGGAUUUCUAGAUGAUUUUACAAAUAAAAUUACAAUGCUCCGCGUUUACACUGCGAAAAUUCAUUAGUUUUGCCUGAAAAUGGUAUAUUUGAGAAGUGUAAUCGCGGAGUAUCGUAAAAGUUUUGAAAAAUACUUGAAAGUUGCCGAUUUUCAAUAGCGUAACCGCAGAGCAUCGUAGAAAUCCUCAAAAUCCAUGAAUUCUGACCGCGUAAAUGCGGAGUAUCGUUUGAAAUUUGAAAAUUAUCGAUUUUUCAGUCCAACCUUCGCCAAACGUACCGCCUAUCUCGAUGUUGGAGAAACCAAGCGACCAUGGUAA